AAAACUUGCAAAGGAAUAUAAUUGUGUCAUCAAACCAUCCAACGGUCCACAAUGCACAAGGACCAAAAGCCUCGAGAGAAGAAUUCUAGACCCUUCCUAACUACAAACUCAAAUCUCAACCGUCCACUGAUUUCUCUCGAAUAAUCACCUGAUAUCUCUAUAUAUAUACACGCGGCUACUACUUCCCCUAGUAGCACUCUUUAGGUUGUUAUUGUUCUUCUGUUCUGGCUUUCGUUCCAAGAAAAUAGCAGAUUCUCUGGGAGCCUCAGAGUCGGUGAGAUUGAUUUGGGUUCUGGGUUUUCAAGAAAUCAAUCAAAUUUAAUCGAGGAAGAUGUUCGGGAGGGCGCCGAAGAAGAGCGAUAACACUCGGUACUAUGAGAUUUUGGGAGUGUCGCAGAACGCUUCUCAUGACGACUUGAAGAAGGCUUACAAGAAAGCCGCCAUCAAGAACCAUCCUGACAAGGGUGGAGAUCCUGAGAAAUUUAAAGAGUUGGCUCAGGCUUAUGAUGUUCUGAGUGACCCUGAGAAGCGUGAAAUCUAUGAUCAGUAUGGUGAGGAUGCACUCAAGGAAGGAAUGGGUGGCGGUGGUGGCGGCCACGACCCAUUUGACAUCUUCUCAUCUUUCUUUGGUGGUAGCCCAUUUGGAGGUGGUGGCAGUAGCAGAGGCCGAAGACAGAGACGCGGAGAAGAUGUGGUCCACUCACUGAAGGUCUCUUUGGAGGACAUCUAUCUCGGGACCUCAAAGAAACUAUCUUUAUCGCGUAAUGUGUUAUGCUCCAAAUGUAAUGGUAAGGGGUCGAAAUCUGGGGCUUCGUUGAAGUGUGCGGGCUGUCAAGGAACUGGUAUGAAGGUCACAAUCAGGCACCUUGGCCCCUCUAUGAUUCAACAGAUGCAGCACGCUUGCAAUGAGUGCAAAGGUACUGGAGAGACCAUCAGUGACAAAGACCGAUGCACGCAGUGCAAAGGAGAAAAGGUUGUUCAAGAGAAGAAGGUGUUGGAAGUCAUUGUGGAGAAGGGUAUGCAAAGUGGACAGAAGAUCUCAUUCCCUGGUGAAGCAGAUGAAGCUCCUGAGACAGUCACUGGUGAUAUAGUGUUUAUCAUUCAUCAAAAAGAACAUCCAAAGUUCAAGAGAAAGGGUGAGGACCUUUUUGUGGAGCACUCUCUGUCCCUCACCGAGGCUCUCUGUGGCUUCCAGUUCGUUUUGACCCAUUUGGAUGGCAGGCAGCUGCUUAUCAAAUCAAACCCUGGUGAAGUUGUCAAGCCUGAUUCGUUUAAGGCGAUCAAUGAUGAAGGGAUGCCCCUCUACCAAAGGCCAUUCAUGAAGGGGAAGCUGUACAUUCAUUUCAAUGUGGACUUCCCAGAGUCUCUGAACCCAGAGCAGGUCAAGGCUUUGGAAGCUAUUCUUCCAUCAAAGCCAGGAGCAUCUCAGCUUACAGAUAUGGAGGUGGAUGAGUGUGAGGAGACAACUCUGCAUGAUGUGAACAUGGAGGAGGAGAUGAGGAGGAAGCAGCAGGCUCAGGCGGAGGCUUAUGACGAGGACGAUGACAUGCCUGGUGGUGCUCAGAGGGUGCAGUGCGCACAGCAGUGAUGAUAGUUUCUAGAACCUGUAGAAGUUUUCUGAAGUGAUGGGGGCUGAAGAACAACUGAUGACUGAGUUAGGAGGGGGGGAGGGGCUUGGCUGUGAUGAUGGAUGGCGGUCUAGCUAGUUGGAGUCUAGAAUUUUGGAAAACUUUUAUAAUCAAAUGCUAUGUUAUGAUUUUGAACCUGUUAUUCUUGAACUAUUGAUAAAUGACCAUCACUCUUACUACUCUUUAAGAAAUCUUUUCUUUUCUGUGCC